AUGAUGACGUUGCGGACUUAUGAUCGCAUCUGGCCAACAAACAAGCCUAAGGUUUACAACUACGAUCCGGGGUUUAGUGACUAUCAACACAACCCAAUCCAGAUACUAGGAGUUUUUGAUGUAUCAAUUCAUUACAACGGUCGUAAUAUUGAUAAUCUAUCAGUCAUCGUCACUAAAAGGGGUUGUAGCGACCUUCUGGGUUGUAACUGGUUCGACCCACUAGGCAUCAGUAUCAAGGGCAUACAUUCAGUGGGCAGUGACGUACAGAUCGCAGGCAUUCUGAUGCCACCAGUGCGACUACCUCCACGCCGAAUUCCAUAUGCUCUAAAGGGACUAGUCGAAGAGGAGCUGGAUCGCCAAUGCAAGCAAGGGAUUCUUAAACCUGUGGAGUAUUCAGAUUGGGCCACUCCUAUUGUACCAGUUAUCAAGAAGGACGGUUCAAUUCGUAUUUGCGGCGACUAUAAAUCAACUUUAAACAAAGCGGUUAAGCCGCACUGCCAUCAAAUACCGGCGAUCAACACUUUGCUGGCAUCUAUGGAAGGUGGAUCGAUUUUUGCCAAAAUUGAUCUGGCUCAAGCUUAUCAGCAGUUAGUAGUCGACGAAAUCUCGUUUUUGCUGCAAACAAUCAGUACACAUAAGGGUGCAUUCAAAGUUACUCGAUUGCAAUUCGGCAUUUCAUCAGCACCAGGCAUUUUUCAAAGCUGUAUUGAGAAUGUGGUACAGAAUAUUUCCGGAGUCUUACCAUAUUUUGAUGACAUUGUAAUAAUUGGAAAAAUGGAAACGGAAUUGGCAACUAGAUUACAGGAACUGUUUAUACGUUUUGACAAAGCCGGACUGCGACUACGCAAGGACAAAUGCCAAUUCGGAGUACCAUUCGUUGAGUUUUUAGGUUUCAAAAUUGACUCAACUGGUAUAAGACCAUGUGCCGAUAAAGUCUCGGCAAUCAAAGACGCACCAGCACCUAAGGAUAAAAAGCAGUUGCAGGCUUUCUUAGGACUACUAAAUUUUUAUCACUCAUUUUUGCCACAUAAAGCAACAGUGGCAGAACCCUUACAUCGUCUUUUGGAUAAAAAUGCAACUUGGAGGUGGGACAAACAGUGUGAGAAGGCUUUUUCUACACUUAAGGAACUUAUUGGGUCAGACGACGUACUAGUGCAUUAUGAUGGUUCAUGGCCACUAGUGCUAGCUUGUGAUGCGUCACCAUAUGGACUCGGUGCAGUUUUAAGUCACAAAAUGCCGAAUGGAGCGGAGAAACCCAUCGCUUUUUACUCCCGUACCUUAUCCAAAGCUGAGCGAAAUUAUGCUCAGAUUGAUCGAGAAGCUAUUGCUUUGGUAGCAGGAGUAAAGAAGUUCCACAACUACGUCUACGGUCGUACUUUCACACUAAUCACCGAUCAUCGACCUCUGUUGGGUAUUUUUACCACAUCGAAAGCAAUCCCAAACAUUAUUUCAAAUCAGAUGCUACGUCGAUCUUUGUUCCUGUCAGCAUAUACUUUCGAGCUAGUACACCGCUCCGGUUUAAAAAUGGGCAAUGCGGAUUUUCUAAGUCGUUGUCCACUGUCAGCAGCAUCGGACGCUGUUAGCACCGACGAUGUGCUAAUGAUCGAAUUAGCAGCAACGCCAAUCAUAAGUGCUGAGGCGAUGGCCGCUCAAACAUCGAAGGACCCCUUAUUGGCGAAAGUAUCAAACUGGGUGUUAAGGGGAUGGCCUGACAUGAAAUUGGAGCAAUCAGAUAUUGCAUAUCCAUACUAUUGCCGUCGGCAACAGCUCUCUACAAAUAAAGGAGUUUUGAUUUGGGGAAAUCGCGCCGUAGUUCCACCGAAAUCCAGAGCAACAAUUUUAGCUGCUCUACAUGCCGCUCAUCCAGGCAUUGUAAAAAUGAAGGCGUUAGCGCGUAGCUAUGUUUGGUGGCCAAACAUUGACGCUGAGAUUGAGCUUAUUGUUAAGAAAUGUAUUCCAUGCCAGCAGAAUCGUAACGAUCAUUCAGAGGCACCGGUGCAUCAUUGGGAGUCAGCCAAGCGGCCGUGGUCCCGUCUACACAUCGAUUUUGCAGGACCUUUUCAAGGAAAAACCUUUCUUCUGGUCGUGGAUUCUUACUCAAAAUGGCUAGAGGUUGCGGUUGUUAGCUCCACUUCUACAGCGGCUACAAUUAAAGUUCUCAGGCAACUGUUUGCUACGCAUGUGUUACCAGAUCAGUUAGUGUCAGACAAUGGCACAGCAUUUACCUCCGAAGAGUUCAAGGCAUUCCUCCACAACAAUCUAAUUCGACACAUUAGAUCAGCACCGUUUCACCCAGCAACAAACGGCCAAGCAGAGCGCAUGGUGCAGACCACCAAAAACUACCUUAAAAAACUAUCUCCGAACAAUAAUAUGGAUCUAAGCCUUGCUCGAUUUUUGUUUAAUCAACACAUAACUCCACAUGCAACGACAAAUCGCUCGCCAGCUCAGCUAUUGUUAAAUCGGGAGUUAAUGUCCUACUUUGAUAAACUACAGCUACAAGAAAUUUCUAAUGGAGCAGAGCCAUUUAUUAAUCAAUCGAAAUGUUUUGAUACAGGCAAAUCCGUUUGGGUACGAAACUAUGCACCGGGUCCAAAAUGGAUAGAAGCCUACAUAUCCGAGCAAACAGGACCAGUGUCUUACAAAGUUCGUCUGACAGACAAUCGCAUCAUAAAGCGUCAUUAUAACCAAAUUCGAAGCCGAGUUGAACAAACAGAUGUAAGCAUAUCACAUCAGGCACCAUCAGCAACUGAUGACAACACGGAAGAUCCUGCUUCCAGUAACCACUCUAGGCCAGAGAGUCCUAUUCAAGAUGAUCCACAGUCAUUGCAUGCCUCACCGAUGCCACGACGUUCUGCUCGCAUGAGACGACCCAGCUACUAG